ACGCGGUGCUCCGGGCGGCCAGACCGUGAGCGGCGACCUCCUCGCGGGUGGUCGCGCCGGUCCCCGCGGCGAUGUUGGUCAAAGUUCUCCUGGCCCUGCUGGGCACGUCUGCCAUCUUCCCGUGGAGGAUCGAAGCACCUCAUGUUGAAUCAGAAAAGGGACCCUCUGUCCGUGAUGAUGACAUCUAUGGCCCUGAGCCCCAGGCUCCCGAGAAGAAGCUGCCAUUUGAAGAGACAAAGCCCCCUGCCAUCAGUGCCCAUAACAGCCUUGGCAAACUGCCAACGGCCACUCAAAUCCUCAACAGUAUCCUGAAUAACUAUGACCACAAACUGCGGCCUGGCAUUGGCGAGAGGCCCACUGUGGUCACUGCCGAGCUCUCUGUCAACACCCUUGGCCCUAUCUCUAUCGUGGACAUGGAAUACACCAUUGACAUCACCUUCUACCAGACCUGGUAUGAUGAACGCCUGCGUUUCAAUGGCAGCUUUGAGAGCUUUGUCCUGAAUGGCAACAUGGUGAGCCAGUUAUGGAUCCCAGACACCUUUUUUAGGAAUUCUAAGAAGACCCAAGAGCAUUCAAUUACCGUUCCCAACCAGAUGGUCCGCAUCCACAAGGAUGGCAAGGUGUUGUACACAAUUAGGAUGACCAUUGAUGCUGAAUGUACACUCUACAUGCUCAAAUUUCCAAUGGAUUCCCACUCUUGCCCUCUGUCUUUCUCUAGCUUUUCCUAUCCUGAGAGUGAGAUGAUCUACAAAUGGGAAAAUUUCAAGCUUGAAAUCAAUGAGAAUAAUUCCUGGAAGCUCUUCCAGUUUGAGUUUACGGGAGUAAGCAACGAAACUGAAACUAUCUCAACCCUAGCUGGUGAUUUCAUAGUCAUGACUCUUUUCUUCAAUGUGAGCAGGAAGUUUGGCUUUGUUGCCUUUCAAAACUAUGUCCCUUCCUCUGUGACCACAAUGCUGUCCUGGAUUUCCUUCUGGCUCAAGAAAGAGUCUGCUCCCGCCAGGGCCUCUCUAGGGAUCACAUCCGUGCUCACCAUGACCACGCUGGGCACCUUCUCACGGAAGAAUUUCCCACGCGUCUCGUACAUCACCGCCCUGGAUUUCUACAUUGCCAUCUGCUUUGUCUUCUGCUUCUGUGCUCUGCUGGAGUUCGCUGUGCUCAACUUCCUCACCUACCACCAGACGAAACCCCGUGCUCCUCCGAAGCUUCGCCAUCCUUGUGUCCAGGCCCGGGCCCUCGCCGCCCGCCGUGCCCUCCGGCGUCAGGAAGCUUUUGUGUGCCAGAUCGAGGACUCGGAGGAGAGCGAUGAAGAGGAAGGCCCCUCCUGCCCAGCCCAGCAGUCCCUUGGCCUAGGUGGCCACCAACGCCCUGGCGGCUGCUGCAAGUGGUGUGGGAAGUACUGCUGCGCGGUACCCAGUAGAGAGAGCCGCAGCUGGCAGCGGGGCCGCCUCUUCAUCCAUGUCUACCGCCUGGACAGCUACUCGCGAGUUGGUUUCCCAGUCACCUUCUUCUUCUUCAGUGUGCUCUACUGGCUUGUUUGCCUUAACUUGUAGGUGCCAGCUGCUACCCUGUGGGGCAACCUCCCCCGUUCCCCAGGAGGUCCCCCACCCCUUGCCAAGGGAGUCAGAGGAAAGCAGCAGCAGGAACAGCUUUCCUUCCCCAUUUCCUAGAGAGGGUCUCCUUCCCCAGGCCCCAGAUGCAAGUGUGCAGAGAACUGGUCCUCGUGGCCCUCCCCCAACCCACCCCGCCCACUCACUCAAUCUUUUUGGCAGCCCAUUGCAACUGAAUGGCUCACCUCUUUGACAAGGACCAUUGGUGGUUCUCAGGCUUAUAGAUCAUAGGCGCUCCGUGACCAGCUUCCUCACACUGUGCCCAGGUUUGAGAAGAUCAGCAAUCUCCAAACAGUGCCGGCACCCCGACACCCACUGUCAGUCUCUGGAAAGCCAGUAUACGUCUUUGAUACUCCAGGCCCGGCUCUGGCCUCAGCCUGAGUGUGCACAGACAAGCUGCUUGCCUCUUCUUGACACCUCCUGAGGGUGCUGGGCAGCAGCGUGACAGUGAAAGGGGUCCUCUGUCCUUAGGUCAGAUUAUUGUAUUCUUGGUUCUAUCUCCCUGCCCUCCCUUCCCCUGCAGAUAGACCCCAGCACUAUGCCUUUAGGAGGAUAGGAGGCAGCAGUUGGGCCUCUUUUGGAUGGUAUCCCUCCCUCUGCUGCUGUGACACCUCCCUCUCCCCCUCCACGCCGCCCCAGCUGCCAUCCCUCAUCUGCACUACUGAUUCAAUGCCUUGCAUCCGGUGGGUAUCUAUUUCUGUGUGUGACAACAGUAACACCCCCCUGCUUUAUAUGCUACCUUCUUCCUCCUUCUUGACCCCUGUGACUCUUUCUGUAACUUCCCCAGUGACUUUCCCAGCCCCAACCCAGGUGCUAGGCCAUGGUGACUUCUCGGGGCCAAGAGGCUAAGGGAGCUGUGCCGUGCACUGGGCGUCCCCACCUAAGCCGCAGCACAGGAGUGCCGCCACUUCCUUCACCCCUGGACCCAUAAGCCAGUCCACUUUUACCCCUGGGGCACUCUGACAAUCACAAUCAAUCAAUUGAAUUCCCUUAAAUUUUAUAGCACUUUACCUUUUGCAAGGCACUUUUGACAAAUUGUUUCUAUUUUGAGCCUCAUAAUAACCCUGUGAUAUAUUCAGGGCAGGAUUCUUAUCCCCAUUUUGCAGAUGAGAACCCUGAGGCACAGAUUUCUGUGGGACUGUGGAUCUUACUGGAAACUACCCAGGAACCCACUGUCACCUUCUAGACCAUAUGUCAGGGCUAGGCAGCACUGUCCACCACGACUCAAUUCCAUAGCCUCUGCCAGCACCCCAGGGGCACGGCCCAGAGAGGCAGUCUCCCUUCAGCAUGACCUGCUCAGUUCCUGGGCCUCAGGUGCACAGAUUGCCCCCAAGAUCAGUCCUUUCCUGGCUCUGGUAGCCCAGUGAGGUAGAAUUUGGACACGCCCCAAUGCUUGUACAUGCUGAAUGAAAUCUGUGUCUGUAUUACAGGGGGGGUGGGGGGAUCCAUCUGCUUGUGUCACCAUCCCCAGAAAAGGGGAAACACAUCAAUA